AUGAGGGUCUACAAUGGAAAGAUAGAGUUUCCAUGGUAUCUUCCUGUUCGAAAUAACUUAGUUAUGAGAUAUUUAAGUGAAGAAAAAGCCGAUAUUGAAAAAUUUGAGAAUUUAAUGUUACUUCGAAUGAAGCAUGAUGAUGAAGAGAUGAUGGAAGUUGUAAGGUUCUUAGGAAUAUUCAAGAAUCAACGCCAAAAAAUCAUGAUUAUGCUGUCAAUGUGGAAAGGAGAAAGUGUUUAUUAUGAUUAUCAAUUUUAUUUGGCCAGCCGAUUAUUUAGUUGUUUUAAUGAUAAUUGUCCAGAGUAUUACAUCAAUCAACUUGACAAUUUACACAGAAAUUACUUAGUUUGUUUGAGUAUGUUUUGGAAAAACCGUCACGAUAAAAAUUACUUCACUUCAUUUUUGUAUGGAACGAAAGCAAGUGUGACACACGUUGAAAUGAUCAAUCUCAUAGAAUUUCGUUCAUUUAUUUACCAAUAUGAUCCAUACAUUUAUCAAUCAUAUGCCGAAAUAUCAUUGAUUGCAUUGGGAGAUCCAAGUAAAAGUGUCAUUUAUCGUCGUCAUUCACAAUUACUUAAAGAAAAUCAUUAUAGUGUUGUUGAUCCAGUUUUCAAAGCAACAGCAAGAUAUUAUCCUAUCUCUAUUGAACAAUACACAGAAGAGAAAACAUCAACAGAUUCAAGUGAAACUAAUUCAACUUCAUCAUCAAAUUUGAGUUCACAAAACUCAUACAAUCAUAUUCGAUUCCAUUUAUCAGAUAAUGUUAUUUAUCGAGAUGAAGAAUCAGAUAACUCAUCUAUUGCCAUGUUUGUUCAAAAGAGUGACCAAAUGAAAUCGAUGAAUGUUUUAGUUGCAGUUCUUCUCACAUUCAUUUGGAGUUACUUUUUUGCACGAGAUGUUAUUUUAAGUGAAAUUGAAAACAGUCAUCGUUUGAUUGAUAUCAAAAACAUCAUCAAGAAAACAAUGUAUUUGAAUGUUGAAGUCACAUCUAUUUACAUGGUUAAACCAAUUAUUGAAUCCAAACAAUAUCAUAACUGUUUUGAACUUAAAAGUGAUAUCUAUCGAUAUCUGAAUGAAUAUUCAUUCUCAGUUGGAGAUGAUUUUACAUUCAUAUCUAAAUCUCUAUCGUUCAUGUCAGAUUUCUUAUCAAAAAGUAACACAGACAAUUGUUAUGAACUUGAAAUCGACAACAACAGAAUUAUUUCAGACAGAUUGAACACGAUCCAAAAUAAUUAUUAUAGUUUUGAAACAAAAGUUGAUGAAAUCCUGAACAGGAAAGAUUUAUUGAUUAUUUAUCACAAAUAUGCAUUAUAUUUAAUUGUUAUGUCUAUUUUUAUGUCUAUCUUCUCCGCAUUCAUGGGAUACAUGAGUGUCCGAAUGACAUUAUUUGAUCUUCCAGAGAACGCCCUUUCAUUUUUAGGGUCCAAAGAACGUUUGAGUAUGUUAUUAUUGAAGAAAUCACUUGAAAGUUGGGAUUUCUUCCGAAUUUUGUUUCCAUUUGAAAAGAAUGAAAAUGAAAACCAGACUCAACAUCAAAGUCAAAAACUACAAAAAUCACAAAAAAAUUCAGAAUCAAGUAGUAAAAUAUCAUUGAUUCGAAGUCGAAAGAAUUCUAUGUCUAAAUAUGGAUCAGACACAAAUAUCAAUAAUCCUAAUCCUAUCAACCAACAAACGAAUGUUCAGCGACAUAAUAUUAUUCCUAAAGGCAACACUAAGAGUCGACAUGUCAAUUUGAAAGAAUCCAAGAUUGCAAUUUCAUUCAUUGGUUCCGAUGAAUCAUUGAAAGCAUCACAGUUUGCAUUGAUGCAAAACAUUGUUCAGAAAAGCACGAAUACAAAUUCAAAUCCAGAUAUCAAUAUCUAUCCAUCACUCAUCUCUAGUGACAACAGUGAUGAUUGUUCAUCUGCUAGUGGAUCAACAAACAACACCAAAGACUUUAUCCCAGCAGAAACAGUCGAAGAACGAGACAUUGUUAAAGAAACAAUUGAUAAAACUAAGAUCUCAGAUACACGUGUUCUUGUUUUGAUCUUUUCUACACACAUCAUUCCAUGGAUCAUCAUUUUACUUAUUGUUGCAUAUUCCAAUCUGAUCUUGAAUUUCCAGAUGCGAUGUGAAAACAUCUUUGUUUCAAAUAUUCGACCAAACAUCACCGACCUACAUCAAUUGCCAUUACGAAUCUAUGGCGAUUUCAUCAACAAAAGCAACAAUAAAAACACAGAAUUACACAAACAUGAUCUUAAUUUCAGUUCAUAUGAAAUCAAAGACAAAAAUCAAUAUUUCACUAAAUUUGAUUCAUAUUUUCAUUCACAUCGAAAAAGAGAUGAAAAUUCAUUUGAAAUUAAAGAAAUCAAGAUCAACAGUAAUAUUUCAUUUUACACACACCGAUUAGAACAUUUCAUUGAAGACACGGAACGUGUUAAUUCCAUCUCUAUGACAACAUUAGUUUCAUUCUGCAUUGUUUCAACAUUUAUCUGGUUCAGUACUAACAUCGCCGUUUACAAGAUCGAAUCAUUCAUCAUUCGUGGUUUCAAUUCACUUUUCCACUUCCCUCUCUCAUACCUCGACAUCAUCAACAAGCCAUUAGACACAUCUCGACAUUCAUCAGUUCCUAACAACUGCAUCGAAGUUAUCUUUGACAACGAGACUAAACUUAUCAGCGACAUCAGCGAGAACAUUUCAGAACACAUUGGCAUUUCAUCUAUUGAUGUUAUUGGUCAUAAAUAUGAAGACAUCUUUACACGUGAAGAAGAAGGUAUUGUUUCAUUUUCAAUUAACCAGAAGAAGAGUAAGAAAUUCAUCGAAGACAAGAUCGAAGACAAACUUAUCACACGAAUUGCUCUUAUCCCUUCUAAAUCAGAUGAUCUUCACGACAUCAACAUCUCACAUCAGAAUCUCACAAUCAUUCUGAAUUCCAUUUUCCAUCAUCAAGAUUUUCUUGAUUGUUUUGUUGUUUUGAUUCAUUUCGACAGCAGCACAUUCAACAGCUGUGUUGAUCAGAUCUUCUUCGCAACACACAACAUCUUACAAUGUUAUGGAUGUUGCAAACUUCUUAAUAUCGAAGGUUCAUUAGUCUACUUUUCUAUUGAAGACGACGACAUUAAUGCUGUUUAUUUAUUUAUCCGCGACAUGCUGAACAACUCAACACCAACAACUCGAAAUUCUCUUAAAUCGAUUUCCAAAACAAAUACAUCAACAUUAACAACAACAAAAACAUCAACAAAAGAUGUGUCAUCAACACAAUCUAGUUCUAUCACAUCAGUUGUUUUCUGUCGAACAAGAGUUCAUAUUGGAAUCUCAGUUGGUCAAGAGUUUGAUUCUCAAGAAGAAAUUCAAAAUGUUCCAUUUGCAUCUAUUUCAUUUUCAGAGAACGAUUUCAUUCGUCACGAAAUCUUCAGUCUGGAGGAUCAUACAAUUCUUUUCUACGACGAACACGAUUCACACAAAAACAUCAUUUCAUUUGAUGAUCUCAACAUCAUCCUCGAAAACGAAAAUUAA